UCUAAUUCUAAAGAGUAUCAUUCUCUAACGAAAUCUAGGCAUGUAGGCCAAGUGAUUUGUGGAGUCGUGGACAUGUUUGCUUGCUCAAUAUAUAUAUACACGCUUUGACGUAUAUGCAGCCAAAGCAUGGGACGGACAUCAUUUGAUCUUCAAUGGCGUCCAAACUGGUCACCCUCCUCCUCCUCUUCUUUCUCCCUCUCAAAACCCACUGUUCAACCCCACAAACACAAUCUUGGGUCCAAGCCGGUUACUAUUAUGCAGGUAGCGAAACCGUCAUUUCCGACAUAAACUCCAAGCUUUUCACUCACCUCAUAUGCGCUUUCGCUUAUAUAAACUCCUCCACCUACCAUCUCUUCAUCAACUCCUCCACUGAACAACUAUUCUCUGCCUUCACCCUCACUGUAAAGCGGAAGAACCCCUCCAUUACAACGCUUUUGUCCAUAUGGGUUGGCAGAGAACACUCUUCAACCUUGUUUUCAAUGACCUACCAGUCCUCUUACAGAAAUUCUUUUAUUCAAUCUUCUAUACGAACAGCUAGGCUCUAUGGGUUUCACGGCCUUGUCCUUUGUGGGGUUGUGCCAAGCAAAAGCUCGGACAUGAUCAACUUGGGCACCCUUUUAAACGAGUGGCGAGUUGCUGUGGAUUCUGAGGCGAGAAAUUCCAUCCAGUCACGGCUGCUCUUGGUCAUGUCCGGUCGUUACUUGCCAGCUUUGGGUUCAGAGAGUUACCCAAUGGAGUCGAUGCAGAGGAAUUUGGAUUGGGUACAUGUUUCAGCGUACGAUUACUAUGUGCCUAGAAAGGACAAUUUCACGCACUUUCAUGCGGCAUUGCGUGGACAAUUGAACGGGGCUAAUACUGAUGAUGGUAUAAAAGAGUGGAGGAGAAGAGGUUUUCCGCCAAGCAAGUUGGUUUUGGGCUUGCCUUUCCAUGGCUAUGCGUGGACGCUGGUGAACCCCCAAAACAAUGCAAUGGGUGCACCGUCGAAGGGUCCGGCUGUUACAAUGGACGGUUCCAUGGGCUAUAAGCUAAUAAAAUCCUACAUUAGAAGCUUUGGUUAUGGAGCGGCUUCAGUGUACAAUGCUACUUAUGUGGUCAAUUCCUGCACAAUUGGGCCGACUUGGAUUAAUUACGACGAUGUGGAGGCCAUUAGAGCUAAGGUUUCUUAUGCAAAGCAGAACGGUCUGCUUGGUUACAAUGUGUUUCAAGUCGGCAAUGACGACAAUUGGGUGCUCUCUAGAGCAGCUCAAGAGGAAGGUGAAGAUCAACAUAAGAAGAGACCUUUGUUGUUAAUAAUUCUGCCUACAACUGUUGCAGUCUUGCUUAUACUGAGCUUCAUGAUAUGUUACUUAUGGCCGAGGGUAAUCAAGUCAAGAGGUUGUGGAGAAAGCGCCAAAAGAUUAUUAUAUAAAGUCAAAAUUAAACUUUCAGCUCCUGAAGAUCUUGACAGUAAUGCUUCUAAUCUGCAAGAAUUCAGUUAUACUACCAUUAAAGCAGCUACACAAAACUUUUCAAGAGAGAAUAAGCUCGGAGAAGGAGGAUAUGGACCUGUUUACAAGGGUAAGUUACGGAAGGGACAGGAGAUUGCAGUAAAGAGACUUUCAAGAACUUCAAACCAAGGCCUUGAAGAGUUCAAAAAUGAGGUCACGCUUACUGCAAGACUACAACAUGUAAAUCUAGUCAGAGUUUUGGGGUAUUGCACCGAGAGGGACGAAAAGAUGUUGAUUUAUGAAUACAUGGCAAACAAAAGCUUGUAUCUCUACCUUUUCGAUCCAACUAGAAAGUUUCUUUUAGAUUGGAAGAAACGUGUUCACAUCAUUGAAGGCAUUACUCAAGGGCUUUUAUAUCUCCAAGAAUACUCAAAUUUUACUAUAAUUCACCGAGAUUUAAAAGCUAGUAACAUACUACUAGACAAUGAGAUGAACCCUAAGAUAUCAGAUUUUGGGAUGGCUAGAAUUUUCAAGAAGGAUGAGCAUGAAGCAAACACAGGUCGGAUUGUUGGAACAUAUGGCUAUGUUCCUCCCGAAUAUGUAAGAAAAGGUAUAUAUUCGACAAAAUCCGACGUUUAUAGCUUUGGAGUUAUGCUUUUGCAAAUUAUAAGUGGCAAGAAGACUGCAUGUUAUUAUGGGACACAUGAAAAUUUGAACCUUUUAGAAUAUGCAUAUGUUUUGUGGAAAGAAGGCAAAGGGUGGGAGAUUCUUGAUCCAUCACUGGAUGAUUUAUCUUCUUCUUGUAAACUCCUAAGAUGCAUGGAGGUGGCUUUUUUAUGUGUCCAAGAGAACCCUGUUGAUAGACCUUCUAUGUUGGAGAUUUCUUCAAUGCUCAGGAAUGAAACUGCAGCCAUCAAUACUCCUAAAAAGCCUGCUUUUUCACUUCAAAGAGAUGAAAAUGAGGAAGAAAUUUGUCUGUCGCAGGGAAAAUUGUGUUCAGUCAAUGAUGCCACAAUUUCCCAACUGGUACCCCGUUGAUACUGAUCAUGCAGUUGUAUUGCUUUAGUUCUGCCAUAUAUGUAUGUUUAGUUGAUCAUUAUCUUCAUUUUUGUUCUUUCAAAAUUAAUUUCAAAUAGAAAAUUAUGGGGAGCAUGCCCCAUAAGCUUUGGAGGGAUGGGGGAUAAUGGGGUAUCACUCCAAAUGCAUUAGACACCUCUGCGGUAUCACUCAAAAUAGACUAGAUACAUAUGCACUAGUUCUUUUGGGGUGGUUGAUUAAAUGUAACAAGCACUUUUUCCUCGGUCAUUACAAAUUGUAUCAAACCAUCUAGUAACAUCAUGUGUUACUUGAGAAUUGUAUGAUAUGGCCCUGACAAAGAUGUCAAGAAUUUAAGAGACGAAGUUUGUAACACUUUGGUCUCAUAUUAAGAAGAUGCAAAGCA